GAGCUAAGAGACGUCAAGGAUUUCUUUGCAACAACAGGUGAGACGUGCCGCACAGCUGCCUCUAUGACUUGUUGACUUUAUUCCACUGAAUGGACUCUCAGCCUCAUUGUUAAGUGGAAUUAAAAUACAUUUCUCCUCAGGUACUUGAGAAAUUUGAAAAAUGGUCGGAUUUUUCCAAUUAUUGAGAAAGAGAAAGGAGCUGAUCCCUUUGAUAGGGUUCAUGGCUUUUGCUGCAACAGGAGCCACCUCUGCUGCGAUCUACUUUCUGCUUACUAAACCUGAUGUUAUUUUGAAUAAAACCAGAAACCCAGAACCAUGGGAGAGAGUAGACCCAUCAAAACCCCAAAAGUUCAUCACCAUCAAUCAGCAGUGGAAACCAGUGGAGGAGCUGGAGCUGGUGAAGAGCCUCACCAAGUAAAAAAAGGAGGGCAUCUGCUAGAAAGACCACCUGCCUGCGCCCCGCCCCCCACCCAUCAGUCUAACAGAAUCCUUUCUGCACAAACUGGGACACUCUUACACUCAGUGUGCGGAAAUGCUUCUGCUCCACUGGUGGGGUUUCACCCUGCUAAACCCAACAACGCCCAUCCGCAACAGUGGAAAACUUUGGUAACAGACCCCCAAAGUGAAAAAAGACUAUCUUACUCUGGGUUUCUGUGAUUAAAACUAAAGAGCUAUAUUUAUAUUGAAGAAGCUGUGUUUUAAUGUGACAGGGCAGUUGGUGGUCAUAGAAACCCAGAUGCUCUCACAGUAGAUGUGAAUAUACAAUAGUGUUUGACUGUGAAGACACGAAAUGUAAACUGAGUAAAUAAUGUACUGUACAGUGUCAAUAAAUUAUUGUGAACACGCAACUUUCUCCAUCAGAGUGUUGCAAAUGUUCUCAAAGGUAUAAACAUAUUUAUGGAGGAAUCUUCAUAAUCAGGCCUUUACACCGAUAUUCUUAGUCUGUUGUGUGUUAUAAAGCAAAUAGUAAUAUCUUCUCCCAAACUCAUCUACCUCUUGACUAUAAAUGAUAAUAUGUUGAAUUUGGUUGGAAGAGGUGCUGCAUCCCCUGUUUUAAUGUAAAUACAUCACAAAGCAUAACAAAAAGAUAAGGCUGGUGAUAUUCUGUGUUUUUCAAAUUGUUAACAAAUCCCGUAAAAGACCAAAACCAGCCAUUAAUUGAUCCAACUAACAAGUAUUGUCUGUGUAGCCAAAGCUUGAUAUGGCUUAUUGCUCUGUGUUUACCUACGUUGGCCCUUCUCACAGCAGGCAUUUUGUGUACUUUGUUUUAUUUUUUAUUUUAAGACUUAAGACACUUAUGUCUUAAGUAAGAAAUGGGCUUGUGGCUGAGUGCCACACACAGGCUGGGGAAGUGGGAAUGUAAUUAGAGAUUGACUAACACAUUGUAGAUUUUGGUCUUUUUGUUGGAUUUGUUGACAAUAAAAGAGAUUAAUGCCGGCCUAUUUUUUGAAGUCAUAUUUAUUUCUAGUCAGUCGAUAAUUACCUAGACUUUUUUUCAAAGCAGACAGUUUGAAUUUUGCAGAGAGAGUGUGGGUGUAGGUGUAAUUACUAAGAGUAACAAUAGUUUCUCUCCAUUGAGGUGUCCCAGUAAACCAUGCUCGGUUGCACCAUACACAAAACUAGUCCUCCUUGAAAAGCACACCUAAAUGUUAAACAACCAUUAUUAAUGUUAUCAGAUCUGGCUGUGAUUUUCCUGCUAUGACAACACACAAUGCCUGUAGUGAAAAGGAUCUACUGCUUUAAGAGUGGCUUAAAUCCUCCUAAUAUCUUAGUAUGUAAUUUUACAAAACAUCUCACUUCAAGAUCCCACAUGAUCUCCAUCAGCAGACGGAGUUUGCAGAGUUGUCAUGUGAUUGCAAAAGUGUAUAUGUGUGUAAGUUUCUGAGCAUUAGUCAUUCGAGCAAAUUUGAACAUCUACAAUUCCAUGAAAAAUGAGCAAACUCCAUCCGCUGAUGAAGAUCGUAUGCCGUGAUCGAAAGCUAAACGGACUAGGGCUCCGAGUAACGAUGAUUUUAUUACUGAUGAACCUGUUUAGCAUUUUUUUCACUCCAUCAAAUGUCAAAAAAUUGUGCUAAAUGUCCAUAAGAUUCUGAAAGUCAAAGGUAAUGUC